AUGCCAGAACCAGAACACACCCGAUACAACUCACACACAAGCAACAUCUCACAACACACUCCCCAAAGAAUAAGACAACCAACCAAACCAACAACAGCAAAACCACACAACAGAAACCUACAAAUCACACAAGACACCCAAAAACCCGAAUGCACUAAAUCUGACGAACUCACCACUCGACCACG